ACAAAUUUGCAAAUUCGCAAUCUCGCGGUGAUGAAAUUUCGCAGGGCGCCACUUGCAGCUUGUUUGCGGGUCUCCGAACCAAAGAAUUACUCACUUAAAUGUCUAAUUGCCAGGAGACCAGAACCGAGUCGAGCAAGCUUGACGUAGCGCCUUAAUGGCGACUUUGCACAGAAGCAGGAAAAGGGUCAGCGCCUUUCGCCGUGCUCCCGAUGGAAGCGCUUUUGAGAUGUGUUUUCAAUGCUGUACAUUUCAGUGAGGGAUGUGGAACAUCGGUGGCCAUUGCGUUGGCUGACAUGCACGAAUGUGAACCGAAGAGGGGCGUCAAGAGGUUCAGGGAAAUAAAUGUGAAGCAACUAAUGAAUAAAAGUUUUGAAGAUUUGAACCAACACGUGCCGAAUAGAAGUCCUGAACAUGUGAGCCAACAUGUGACGAAUAAACGUUUUGAAGACCAACCCAGAUCACCUUUCCGCUUGUUUAUGGAAAGCUUCGUCAAGAUCAGCAAUAAUGGAACUUUGCUUGAAAUUGAUAGGAAAGGGUUUGAGACCUGGAAAAGCAUGACGGAGGAUGAAAGGCAACCAUAUGUUCUUCAAGCUGAAAAAUUAGACUCUGCAUACCAACGAGCUUUGAAUAAAGAGGUUAAUGAUAUGAUACAGGUGGAUGAUGAGGCUGAUUCAGCAAUGGUUGGGAAGAUUGACAUGUUUUUUCAGUUCUGUUGUGAAGAACCCUCGGAUUCCUCUGAAUACUACUCAGAAUUCUCAGAUGAUUGCUAUACAAUGGAGAACAAUCAGCUUCCUGGACGGACCUGACUGCUUUAUUAAUUAUUAUUAACUUCGAAUUAGGAAUAAGGGAAUCAUGGAUUUUGGAGGAGAUGUCCCUCAGUAAACUCGGAGGCGGCAUUUUACGUUGAACAUUCUGUACAGUGGGACCCCCAUCAAGGAGACACUGUUGGAAAAUUCAGUUGCACGCAGUUUCUCGAAAGGAAGUCUGUUGGAUAUUGUACAGUGAUAGUCUACAAUUUCUGCUUCUAAUAUAUUGAAGCUGGAGGAGUUUUGUUUUGGGGCUCUCCUUGCUGACAUGUGAGUGUGAUCUUGGAAUGAGAAGAUGCUGAUUGACAUUUGAUUUUGUAUGUUUUGGUGAAAUGUUCCGCCAGUGUUAUUUUGUUUUUGACAGGAGAUUGCAUUUUGCUAUAGAAUUCUAUCUUUGAUGGAGACGGUUCAGUUGGCUGAUAUUCAAUGUGAAAUAUGAAAACGAUUCAUGGCACUUGGCUUCUUUUACUGAACCUGAAAUUAACCAGGAAAAAAGCUCUUUUUUGGGCUGCCAAGCAACAUGGAAGGAAACUAGUGCACGGAAUCAAGACAUACUAGUAAAAACUAUAUAAUUGUAAUUAGGGGGCCAAACUUAUCAUGAUUUAUAUCAUGCUUAUCUUUUCUCACAUUAGAAUCUUUACUAAAUGUGGCCUAAAA